AUGGUCCCCUCCCCAUCUGGCCCGGCAAUGGCACAACAGCCAGACUAUGGUCACCUCCCGCAGGCCCAGUACCAGCAGCACGCUCAUCCUGGGCCUUCGCAACCCGCAGCGGCGCCGCCCGUCGCGGGCGCCAUGUCCGCGCCGUCAUCCAACAACAAGCAUCCUUCGCCUGUGCACAUGGACUACUACUCGCCAGCGUCGACUAGCUACCUCCCAACCCCACCACUGGUCCACUCGCACAACCACCCUUCUUCCCUCCACCACCACUCGUCUGCACAGCGCAAUGUGCUGGGUAUGAACAACCUUGCCAUCGGGUCCCCUGAUCCUACGGGCCGCCGCUCUAGUGACGCGUACAGUGAUCCCUACAGCGUCCGCCGAGACAGCGACCAACAUCGCGGAAGUGAGCCACUUAUUGGCACACCACCAGAAGACGAUGGUCGAGUCGGUGUGGAAGACCCAACCGCAGAGCGUUCCUACACCGACCUCAAGGUCCUAGGCGACGGAUCGUUUGGCACAGUAUGGCUCUGUGACUGGCGCUCGCCUCUCAAGCAAGAUGUGCUACUCUCAGCCAUGCAGUGCGGGGCCGGCGCUCGACCAGAAUGGUCUGGCAAGCGUCUCGUCGCCUUGAAACGCAUGAAGCGUGUCUGGGAAGGUGGAUGGCGUCAAGCACGCAACUUGGGCGAGCUGGUCUCUCUCCGUUCGAUCCCUUCGCACCCUGCCGUCAUUCCUCUGUACGAUGCGUUCAUCUCGCCACGGUCGCGCGAGCUCUACUUUGUCUUUGAGUGCAUGGAGGGCAAUCUCUACCAGCUCACAAAGUCGCGCAAGGGCAGGCCACUGGCAGCAGGGCUUAUCGCCAGCUGCUUCCACCAGGUCGUGAGCGGCCUGUACCACAUCCACCAGUACGGCUAUUUCCACCGUGACAUGAAGCCAGAGAACCUUCUGGUCACCACCACCGGAUUGUGCGACUACCUGUCAACCUCGGCUCUCAACGAGAUUAACGCCCGUCGUGCCUCUGGACAGACCGAUGACAUUCAGCUCAUGAGCGGCAAGAUCGAAAAGGACGUCCAGGUCAUUGUCAAGCUGGCCGAUUUCGGUCUCGCAAGAGCAAUUGCGUCAAAGCCCCCUUACACGGAAUACGUUUCCACUAGAUGGUACCGCGCGCCGGAAGUGCUAUUGCGAUCGACCGAGUAUGGCGCUCCCGUGGACAUGUGGGCCCUGGGCACUAUUCUCGCGGAAAUGGUUAAUUUGAAGCCUCUUUUCCCUGGUGUGAGCGAGAUUGACCAAGUGUACCGCAUCUGCGACACUCUGGGAGACCCAAGCACCGACUAUGGUUAUGACGAACGUGGUCGUGCUGUCGGCGGCGGCGUGUGGACGAGUGGCGUCAAACUGGCAAAGAACGUCGGCUUCAGCUUCCCCAAAAGCAAGCCAGUCAACUUCCGCAGCCUCUUCCCUGCCCACACACCCCAGUCCCUCAUUGACUGCAUCGGAGGGCUGAUGCGCUACAACCCAAAGUACCGCAUGACCUCGGCGCAGUGCAUGGACCACGCAUACUUCCACGAGACUCUCCCCCACCUCCAACACGUUCCCCCACUUCCUCGCAUCCCGUUCGCCCAGGGCCAGCCUGUUCCGAACCAGCAGGCGCAACCCCGCCCAGUACAGACCGACAUCAAUGCCGCGGCCCGCCCAGUGCCCCAGCCAACCCCUCAGCCCCACGCUCACCAUGUCGAGGCACGCCCACCACCCCCGGUCUAUCCCACUGGAGACAUGCGCGCCCUUCCACCACCAGUCGAGAUCCAGACCCCGGACAGUGCCCCGGUGCAGAACGGCCAUCCGCCGCCACAGAUCAUGUACCACCGCCCGCCGCCCAUGCACCGCGAGGGCUCCGGGAAUUAUGGCUCGUCUCCGCUCGUGCAUCAGCUCCGCGAGCUCGACCUCCCCACCGAGGACCUCGCCAGUUAUGGUCAGCGCCGCUGGGCCGACGAGCAGGCUCUCAGCGCAAGCCGUCGUCCCUCCGCGACUGUGUCGGUGUCGAACCACUACGACGGCUCCACCGUCGGUUCGGCCAACUCGUCCAACCCGGGCUUCAACCCACAUGCGCUUUCGGCAACCAACCUCCAGCGUGUCCCGUCGCAGCAGCAGCCGCAUCAGCAGCAACAACAGCAUCAAGUGCCAAACCCACACGUCGCUGCCUAUGUCCGCCAGCAGCAACAGCAGGCAUACCAGCAGCAGGCGUUGCGGCAGGUCACUCAGUCGACUCCCAACUUGACCCCAGCUCCUUCGGGCCCUUCGACUCCGCGUGUGGCGGCGCAGUCGACCAUGGCGUUGACCGGUGCGGUUGCUCAGAUGCAGCACCCUCAGACGCACCAGUCGCACCAGCAGCCGCGUGCACCCCCGAUGGCCCAGCAGUCCAAGCUCGCACUGUCGGGCAAGAAGAAGAAGUGGGGUCUCAGCUCGGUCUUUGGCGGCGGCGACAAGAACGACUCGUCUUCGGCCCUCGCGCCAGUCGACGAAACCGGUUACGCACACCCGACCUCUUCUUCAUCGUCGCUCAAGCGCACCCAGUCUGGCCACUAUGCCGACGAGCGUGCGCUCCAGCCCAUUCCGCAGAUCACGCUUGACCCGAAGAAGGCCAAGAAGGAGGCCGAGCGCGAGGCCCGCGAGCUUGCGUUGGCCAAGCGCGAGGCUGCCGAGCGUGCCCAGAAGGAGCGUGCGCGUGCAGUGCUGCAAAAGCGUUCGCAGCUGCUUGCCCAGAACAGCAAGAGCAAUGGUGCCGGUGAGAUUGAGUUUUCAGAGCCUCCGCCCGCUUCCCUUGCCGCAAAGCAGUCGUCUGGCAACUUGCGAGGGUACCCGAGCUCGCAUGCCGCCAAGUCGGCCGCGUCUGUGGCGUCUGCACGCUCGCACACCAGCGGCGUCUCGCCUUACGGUACCCAUCUCGAGGCGUACGGCAGCGAGAGCGGCCGCAACAAGGCUCGCAAGACGGCCGAGGACGACGACCACAGCAGCAUUGGGCGCACCUCGCUCCAGAGCCGCAGUCUGUUGUCAGUCGGCACCGUGGACAGCGACCAGGCGUCUCGCCGUGGCGAACACUGGGGCGACCCGUCGCGCCGCGCACCUUCGAUGGCGUCGGCACACCGCCACCCCAACAUGCAGCCACACUCGACCACGUCGCUCAUGACGCACUCGACUGCCUCGCUCGAGUCGCAGUUGGCCUCCCAGCUCGCGCGUCAGGCGACUGUCGCGUCCGCGUCCGACUCGUCGCUGUCACUAGGCCGCCGCGCUGGCCGGUCCGUCUCUCAGCACCAACAGCUCCACCUCGACCCGCGCUACCGCCAGGCUGAACUGCCAGGAGCGCCGCACGCUCACCACCACUCGGGCAUGCCGCACCCUUCUGCGCCGGGCGAGAACCAGAUGCUCCCCAGCAUCGACACGCUCCUCCCCGGUCUCGACGCGUGGGCUGAAGGCCCACAGUACACGCAGAUGGAGAUCAACCCAAUGUUUAGAAUUCCGUAUAAUACAAAACAAUGA